UCUGUGCUAUCUAGUCAAUGUUCCAUAUGAAUGGUUCAUUGACAAUUUCCCUUAAAGCCAACAAUGGACGAUGAUUAUGAAUCCGACUUCGAAUCAAGACCCACAACAAGGACGUCGCCUACCAAAUCAAUAACUUUACCAUACGGAAGUUCUCAUCAUUGUUUUACUCGCUCAUACGGAUUCUACUCAGCUAGGACACCUUCUUCAGCUGCUAGUGAAAAUCCUGGGAAAAAGUAUCUUAAAUCUUCCUUUCCAGACCUAAUAGAGACUUUAAGAAGCCACACAAAACCAAAACUGAAAAGGGACAUAUCCACACCAGACUGUCAUGAAGAAACUAAGGACAAAAAAGAAGAGAAGAGACUGACAUUUGGCGAGGAAAUACGUCGAAGGAAUGAGAGUCAAUGGCUGAGGAUAGAAGAUGUUGUCAAGGACACCAUGGAAAGAUAUGAUGAUUAUUGUAAAAAACUCACCAUCAAAAAUGAACUUCAACAAAAGGAAAUUCAUGAAAAAAACCAAAAACAGAUAAAGAUACUUGAAAAAAUGGAAGAAAAGAAAAAAUCGGAUAACAUCAAACAAUCAUCCUAUGCAAGAAUAUGGAAUCACCACGCUAAAAUGAGAGAACUAGCUGAAAAGUUAUAUGAAGAGAAAGUAGAAAGGGAGCAGAUAAGGCAUGCUAGAUAUAGGAAAAAGAGAGAGAAUUCCUGGGACUAACAUUUUUAACCGAUGGAUUGAUAGACAUAAUCUUAUAAAUAUCAUCAAUGUCAUGUUUUAAGUAAUAUCAUUUCAUAAGCAAAACAUAUCUUAUCUAUUGUUUUCUUAUCUACAUUCUCCAUAUUACAGAAUACUUAGUCUAGUUCAGACAGGUUUAACUGAAAAAUAGACAAUAACUUUAAUUACAAAGAGACAAUCACCAUAUUAAAAGUAUUUUCUGAGAUAGGUUUUUCCAGAGAGAUGGCUUUCAAUUUCAAACAUUUACUAUAGUGCUUGGUAAAAACAGUAUGAUUAUUGCAUCGACACUUAGAUUUCAUCUCCCGCAGGUACUGGGUUUUCUCUUAACAAUGUAAAAAUAAGGAGAUGUGGUAUGAUUGGAAAUGAGACAUUAUCCACCAAACACCAAAUGACAAGAAUGUUAACAUCUCUAAUUCUUGUGUUUGGCGGGGAAGAGAGUGGUUGUUACCAUAUUUGUAUUUCUUUUCUUGUGCUAGUCGUACGUUCUUAGAUUAUUACUAUUUUCAUACCAAUAAAAUGAUUGGAUUCGAUUUA